AUGGUCCGCUCCCCUCCACCAACCAGACCCGCUAACACCAAAGUCCAGAACCCCCUCUUCAACUCGGCGCUCAAGCAAUCCACCGCGGUGCGCAAGGACCUCGACACCUUCGCCGCCGCACCCGCGACCGCCUCGCCCGCCCUACAAGGCCAGCUCUCGACGACCCUGACGUCCCUCAACCGCACGGUGCAGGACUACGAGAAUCUAUCGCGCAGCGAACUCAACGCCGAGAAGAAGGAGAAGGCCGUCGAGCGCAUCAAGAACUUCCGCGCCGACCUCGCCUCGUACCGCGCGCAGUUCGACCAGCUCAAGAAGGAGCGCGAGGCUUCCAUCAAUUCCAAUAAUCGCAGUGAGUUGCUGGGUCGGAGACCGCACCACGCUGCGACGCCCGAGAACCCGUACGCGCACGCUUCGUCGUCCGUGGGGAACAGUGCGUUUGCGCCCGCACAUCGCAAUACGCAGGAUGGGUUGCAGUUUGGAGGUGGGGGCGGGCAGCAGAAUUUCACGCGCGAGGAGCAUGCGUUGAGGGAGCAGAGUUUCUUUGCGACCGCGAACAGUCAAUUGGAUGAGUACUUGGAUCGGGGGAGGGCGGUGUUGGGGGAUCUGGGCCAGCAGAGGGAGAUCCUCAAGGGGACGCAGAAGAGGUUGUAUAGCGUGGCCAACACGCUGGGGGUCAGUGGGGAUACGAUUCGGAUGGUGGAGAGGCGGGCGAUGCAGGACAAGUGGAUCUUUUGGGGAGGGGUGGUGGUGUUUUUCAGUUUUUGUGCCCUGGUGCUCUAUUUCCUGAGGUGA